UCUUACUUGCCUAUAAAUAGCUCAGCUCACUUCACUCCAAUGCAUAUUUCACAACCAAACAGUUUUCUCACAAACAUAACAUAAAGAAAUGGCACACAGAGUUGUUCUGUCUCUCCUCCCUUUUCUCUUGCUCUUGUUGAUUAAUGACAAUGGAAGCUUUGCAAGAGAUAUGAACCAAGUUGAUCAGCCUUACCUUGAUGGUUGGCUCAAAAACACUCCACUAAAGGACCAAAUAUCCUCCCCUGACUCCAACCAAGUUUACCUUGAUGGAUGGUUAAAAGAUACAAGAGACGAGAAAGCAAAAGUCAACCCUGACUCCAACCAAGUUUAUCUUGAUGGAUGGUUGAAAGAUACCAGAGACGAGAAAGUCAAAGUCAACCCAGACUCCAACCAAGUUUACCUUGAUGGAUGGUUGAAAGAUACUAGAGAUGAGAAAGCCAAAGUCAACUCUAACUUAGAACAAGUUUACCUUGAUGGCUGGUUGAAAGAUACCAGAGCCGAGAAAGCCCAAGCCAACCCUGACUCCAACCAAGUUUACCUAGAUGGGUGGUUGAAAGAUACUCGGGCUGAGAAAGAAAAAGUCAACCCUGACUCCCACCAAGUUUACCUCGAUGGAUGGUUGAAAGAUACUCGAGCUGAGAAAACAAAAGCCAACCUUAACUCCAACCAACUUUACCUUGAUGGAUGGUUGAAAGAUACCCGAGCUGAAAACGCAAAGUCAAACUCUGACUCCAACCAAGUUUACCUUGAUGGAUGGUUGAAAGAUACCCGAGUCGAAAAUGCAAAAUACAACCCUGACUCCAACCAAGUUUACCUUGAUGGAUGGUUGAAAGAUACUCGGGCUGAGAAAGAAAAAGUAAACCCUGACUCCAACCAAGUUUACCUUGAUGGAUGGUUGAAAGAUACUCGAGAUGAAAAUGCAAAAUCCAACCCUGACUCCAACCAAGUUUACCUUGAUGGAUGGUUGAAAGAUACCCGAGCCGAAAACGCAAACUCCAACCAAAUUUACCUUGAUGGAUGGUUGAAAGAUACUAGAGCUGAGAAAGUCAAAGCCAACCUUGACUCCAACCAAGUUUACCUUGAUGGAUGGUUGAAAGAUACUCGGGCUGAGAAAGAAAAAGUCAACCCUGACUCCAACCAAGUUUACCUUGAUGGAUGGUUGAAAGAUACUCGAAAUGAAAACGCAAAAUCCAACCCUGACUCCAACCAAGUUUACCUUGAUGGAUGGUUGAAAGAUACCCAAGCCAAAAAUGCAAACUCCAACCAAGUUUACCUUGACGGAUGGUUGAAAGAUACCCGAGCUGAAAACGCAAAAUCCAACCAAGUUUACCUUGAUGGAUGGUUGAAAGAUACCCUAGCAGAAAACGCAAAAUCCAACCUUGACUCCAACCAAGUUUACCUUGAUGGAUGGUUGAAAGAUACCCAAGCUUUGAAAGAGAAAUCGACUCUUGACUCCAACCAACUUUACCUUGAUGGAUGGUUGAAAGAUAUACGAGUUGGAAAAGAAAUGUCCUCCCCUAACUCCAACCAAGUUUACCUUGAUGGCUGGCUGAAAGAUAGCCAUGCCGAGAAUUCCAAGCAAGCUUACCUUGAUGGUUGGUUGAAAGUCUCGCAUGCAAAGAACCACAUUAAAAUUGGACAAGAUUUGGCAGAAUCAAACAGAAAACUACCUUCAAAAGUUGACCAUACAGAAGCAUUCAAGGUAUUUUUUUUUGGUAUAGAAGAUCUUUAUGUAGGGAGUGUAAUGACCUUGCAAUUUCCUAUCGUUGAAUAUGCUAAAUUCUUGCCAAAAAAAGUUGCCGACGACAUUCCAGUUUCUAAAUCACAAAUUCCAAGCCUUCUUGAUCUAUUCUCACUCACAAAAGAUUCUCCUCAAGGUGAAGACAUGAUAGGCAUAAUUAAUCAAUGUGAGUAUGAACCACAAAAAGGGGAGACCAAGGCUUGUUCUACUUCUUUAGAGUCCAUGGUUGAAUUUGUUCAUAGUGUUAUUGGCGCAGAUACGAAAUAUGACAUUCAUUCGACUAGCUAUCCCACAACAUCAGCUGUACCUUUGCAAAACUACACUGUUUUGGAUAUCUCAGAGGAUAUCUAUGCUCCUAAAUGGGUAGCAUGUCACCCUAGGCCUUACCCAUACUUGCUUCACUAUUGCCACUACCUAGACAUAGGUAGUAAGAUUUUCAAGGUUCUUCUAAAGGGUCAAUAUGGAGACACAAUGGAUGCUUUGGGAAUUUGCCACCUCGACACAUCUGCUAUGAAUCCUACUCAUUUUUAUUUUGACCUACUUGGAAUGAAGCCUGGGGAAGGUCCAUUGUGCCAUUUCUUCCCUGUUAAGCACCUUCUAUGGGUGCCACGCCCACCAGCUGCCACCAAGUGAACAUAAGGAACUACUAAUUCAUAUCUAUGUUUUUAAUUUCCGUAUCCUGUAAGGUCUUGUUUGUGGACUAAGUAAGGUCUUAUUUCUAAGAACUAGAUAAUUGUGUUUUAAAAUAAACCUCAAUUUAAAGAUUGAGAUGAAGUCACUUUAGUCUAGUAUUUCAAACUUAGGUAGUUGUUUGUUAGACCUUUAAGUAAGGAGUUUAGAACAAUUAUCCUAGUAUUACUAUAUGUGUUGUCCUCUAUAUUGUAAUUCUGCUUUGUAUUAAUGAAUAUUAGAAAUUUCCU